ACUUCCGAUCAAGUUUUUCAAAUUAUAGCCUUAAUAGUAAUAUUAGUUAUAACCUCCCAAUCCCAAAACUCUUGCGCUGCCAAAACAUUCACCAACCUUACCACUGAUGAAUCUUCUCUUCUCAGACUAAAAGCUGAAAUCACCCUAGACCCUGAUCUCACCAUCACAAAAAAUUGGAGCAGUUCGACCUCCGUUUGUAGUUGGAUUGGUGUUACGUGCAGUACGCGCCACCACAGAGUCACCGCGUUAAACAUCUCCAACAUGGGAAUCUACGGAAGCAUUCCACCACAGCUAGGAAACCUCUCCUUCCUCAGGUCUCUCGACCUCAGGAGCAACUAUUUCAGCGGCACUUUGCCUCACGAGUUGUCUAGCUUGCGCCGGUUGAAAUAUCUCUCUCUUUGGUCCAACGGUAUGAAGGGAGAGAUCCCAUCAUGGCUGUCUUUGUUACCUAAGCUCGAGUAUCUCUCUCUGAGAAACAACACUUUCAUAGGUUCUAUUCCAAUAUCCAUCUCCAACUUGACAAAUCUGUAUUACCUUGAUUUUUCAACCAAUUCCCUUCAAGGAAAAAUCCCACAAGAGUUGGGUGGAAUGCAAAGACUGCAGCAUCUGAGCAUUCAAUAUAAUUAUCUGUCAGGCUCUAUACCACCUGCUUUGUUCAACAUAUCAACGCUACGAGUUUUAGCUUUCUCAGUGAAUAUGUUGAGUGGCAGAAUACCAAAUGAACUUUGCGCUAAUCUUCCGUCGAUUGAGAAGCUUCACCUUCGUGGAAAUCGAUUGAGCGGCCAAAUUCCAUCAAAUCUGUCACGGUGUUCACAACUUGAGUUGCUGUCGUUGAGUUCCAACUCUUUUAGGGGACAGAUACCCGCAGCCGUUGGCGACUUGAGAGCGCUACAAUUUCUGGAUCUCUCGGAAAACCAUCUAAGUGGCACAUUGCCCCUCAGUAUCUUCGAUAUAUCAUCGUUGCAAGUGUUAAGCCUAGAGAGGACUAAUCUUUACGGGAACAUUCCAAGAGAGAUAGGGAAUCUUACAAUGUUAGAAUCAUUGGAUCUGGGAUACAACAAUUUCACAGAUGUUAUACCAAGAGAAAUUGGCCAACAUAUUAUUCAGUUGGAGCAUCUUACACUGCAAGGGAACAUGCUGAGUGGUACAAUUCCAUAUGAGAUUUUUAACAUUUCAACUCUUAGAUCUCUUGCACUUUCUGGCAAUGGUUUGUCGGGUGCUCUUCCAACCAAUUUGUGCAGCGGGAUUCCCUUUCUUAACGUGCUUUAUGUUGGCGAUAAUAGUUUAAGCGGACGAAUACCUGAAUCCAUUUCUAACUGCUCCUAUCUCAUGGAUCUCGACCUCAGUGCUAACAAAUUUACCGGCGCUGUACCUCACUCUCUUGGAAGCCUAACAUUCAUCAAAGGGCUUAAUAUUAUAGACAACAAUCUAAUCACUGGAUCAUCGUCUUCAGAACUCAGCUUCAUUACUUCAUUGACAAAUUGCAGAUUUCUGACUACUUUUGUUUAUUAGUGGUAAUCUUUUUAGUGGCGCUCUUCCGU